AUGGAAUGUGUAAACUGUAAUGAAGGAUUCAAUAUGAUAAAUAGAAUUCCUAGGCUUUUAACAAAUUGUGGGCAUUCUAUUUGCGAAACUUGUUUAAUGUAGUUUUGGAAUCAUUAAGAAUAUGUUUAUAUUUGCAAGGCAUGCUAAACAUCAAACAAGGCUGAGACACUCUCUUUGUUUCCUAAGAAUCUUGCAAUAUUAAGUCUCACUUAGUUUAAUACUUCUGUUAAUAAUUAAAAUUUUUACAAGAGUGCAAAUGCUAAUAAUUUUGCAUCAUAAGAUUAGUUUUAGAGGGAUUUUUCUACUCAAAGCAUUCACUCAGUAAAUCUUAGUCAUAAUCAAUCACUUUAAUAGUUUUAUUAGCCCAACUAAUCAAUUAAUUAGGUGCUACAUCACCCAAUACAAAAUAGUCAAAAUAUUGGUAGAUUUUCUUUAAAUAAUCUUACUAACGGAGUGAUUAAUAAUGGUUCUACACCAAAUUCAAAUGGGUAGCUUAAGAGCGUUUAGGUCUAAUUAAUAGCAGAAAACAUAUCUGAUUUAAAAAGAGAUAAUUCAAACAGCAAUCUGAUUAACUAAAAUACUUGUAGCAGCCAUUUUAAAUAAUUUGAGGCUUUCUGCUUAUAAGAUAAAUAAUUCCUUUGUAUAUAGUGUAUUAUCGAUGCCAACAGCACUCAUAAAAAUCAUAAAAUCGAAACUAUUGAGAAAGCCGUUCAAAUGGAAGUGCAAGAAUUAUUAAACUUUUAGAUGUUUAUUGAAAAUAAAAAGAAAGAAAAUGUUGAAAAUCUUUAAAAAAUAGAGUCCAUUAAACAAGAAAUUUUAGUGCAAGAGCAAAAAUAUGCAGGAAUUAUUGUUCAAUUUUAUAAUUAAAUAUUUUAGCUUAUAAAAGAAAGAUAAUAGACUUAUUUAGAUAAGCUCUAGUCAGAAAAGCAAUUGAAAUUGCAGUCACUUGAUGAUUUGAGAUAAAAUAUUAUUGAUUUUAUUCAAAAAAUUAAUGAUUAUACUACUGCUAAACAAAAAUUUGAUGACUAAUCAAGCUCUUUUCCAUAAAAGUAAUACUUAGUUAAGGUAAAAGAAAUACAUGCUUUGAAAGCAAAUAUUUCUCAAGGUGUAGAUUAGUUAGAAACCUUCAAGAAGAACUCUAAAUUUUUAAAUUCUUAAUAAACAUGUUUAGGGUUUGAAUUUAACAGAUAGUAAGAAAUACAAGCAAUAAAUAAAAUUAUAGAUUAAAACCAAACAUAAUAAGAAGCUAGUACGCCAAAUAAUAGUAAAGGAUUAACAAUCAGUCUCUCAAAAGAGAGAAUUCUAUAGAAUCAAAGUAAUAGCAGUGGUAGCAGUAAUGGUAAAAAAAAGAAUAACUAACAAAGUAACAGUGGAUAAAUAAAUUUAUCAAAUUCUUCUUCUUCCAAUUUAUAAAAGAAAGGUUUUUACAAUAAUGUUUCAAUAAAAAAUUAAAAAAGUCACAUGAAUGAAAGCUAUAAUAAUACAAGUUUAUAGCAUGAAAUAUCUUUAAAUAUCUAAGAAAAAGAAAAAGAUAACAUUACCCUUUAAUUGUAAUAGCCACAAUAAAGGAAACACUCCAAAACGCUUUAAGCAACAACUCUAAAUUAACUUAUUUAACCUAGUACCGCAUCAAACUAAAAUAACUUCAACCCUUAUUUAAUUAAUAACAACACAAGCACUUAAAAUAGCUAACCUUAGAACAACUAAAUAGAUUUUUCAAAAUACAAAAUAGAAAUUACAAAUAUCAAGAUGGUAAACAGGCAAGCUUCUUAGCCUAAAAAAUAGAGCUAAGCAGUAGAUAUCCCUAUGUUUAAAAAAGAAAAUAUUAACACAUUAAAUAUUAUAACAAAUCAAUAAAAUGAUAAAUAAGCUAAGGAAACACUUUAUUUAGAAAAUAGGAGCAAUAAAAACUUGCUAAGCAGCAAAAAUUCUAGCACAAACCAUAGUACUAAAAAUGUCAAUACUCUGAAAUAUAAAUCUCUUAGAAGUUAAAACCCUUAUAAUAUUUAAACCACUGCAUCUACCCUUAGUAACACGUAAGUCAACGAAAGAGGUAAUAGCAGCAGCUCCAUAGAUAAAAUGAAGGUUUUAAGAGGCUCAACUACAGAAACAGUAAAAAAUGCUGCUAGGCAUACAACCUCAGUAACUAACUAAUUUGUUUCUAAGCCCACUCCCCUCACAAAUAUUACAACUGAUGGAUAUAGCACUAAUAUUUAUAAUGAAAAAGAUCUACAGACUAAUAGGACAAUUGACAGCAACAAAAAUAUAGAUUUUGAUUCAGAAAGAAACAUAAUUGAUACUGUUAAAAUUGAUUUUAGUAGCUUAGCUAGCUAAAAAAGACAGUUCAUCUUAACUAUUGGUGGAUUUACUGAAAAGUAGUAACAUUCUUUAUGUAUGGAGAAGCUUGAUCUCUAAAAUACUUAAUGGGAACCUUUUAUAACAUAAAACAACUUUAAGUCAAGAGUUAAAUUCGGAUCAAUCAUUUACAAGUAAAAGAAAGUCAUCAUAUUUGGAGGUAAGUAAGAAGGCAAAAGGCUAGAUACCUUUGAAGAAAUAGAUACUUAAACAAAAGAAGCUAAAAUAUUCCCAGGCAUAAGACUCUCUAAGCCUAAGAGCGGCUUUGCUUUUACCCAAAUUUCAGAUGAGGAAAUUAUAGUUAUUGGAGGCAAUGAUGGACAGAAUAUCUUGAGUGAUGCAGAAAUAUAUAACUUGAAUACAAAACAGGUCAGGAAACUUUAACCUCUUUCUUUUGCAAGGGAUGAAUUGGCUGUAGCUUUAAGCAAUGACAAAAAAUAUAUAUAUGCUUUUGGAGGAUAUAGCCAGAGCUUAAAGAAUUCAUUAAAUGUUGUGGAAAAGUAUGAUAUCUAAAAAAAUAAAUGGGAAACUGUAAAGCCGAUGAAUCAAUGUAGACGUUCACUUCAAGUAGUAACUUUACCAGAUGGCUUUUAUAUAUUAGGUGGCUUUGAUGGAUAAAACUACCUAAGUAGUGUAGAAAAAUAUGAUGAUGCUAAUGAUUAAUGGAUUUAAGUUUAAAAUAUGCUAAUGCCCAGAGCUACAUUCUCAGCUCUAAAAAGUCCAGAUAACAUGGGAAUCAUAGUCUUAGGAGGCUUUAACAAUCAACCAAUUUAAUUAUGCGAAAAGUAUUCAAUAUUUAAAGGAGCAUGGGAACCUUUUCCAAGUCUUAACUAAAAAAGAUUCAUGCAUAGCUCAAUAAUAUUUGGAAACAAUAGCAGCAUGUAUUACUGA